UCUGAAUCCUCAACUAUCAUGGGCAAGACCACAGGGAGCAUUGAAAAGAGUGCGCAACAGUCUUUUCAUCACAGUCGCAUGAUGGCAGGGUCAAAUCGUGCAUAGGUACACAAAAGGAGACCUUGGACGGCAAGAACAUAGCCGGAUCGCGAUACAGCUUGCUUCUUUGACAACUCAGACUACGUCGCUGACGGCCAGCCAGCCUCUACCAGUCAGCAUGUGAUCCUAGCUGCACUUUGAGCCUUAAUCCCAUGGACCCGACACCUCUCUCCCCAGGCGCUCGAAUCCGAUCCUGUCUCCAGCAGCUCGAGGACGCUCUCAAAGACCUCAUGGAAAUAGAUCCAGCUGCCACUCCUGGAACCGUGAAAAAACGCGAUGAUCUCAUCAAAGAAAUUCUCGAACGCAUGAGCCAGAUGACAGCGAUGAAUAUUCUCUCUCGUCGCCAUCCCACUCCCACUCCUCAGCCCGGUAGUCCCGCUACACCUCAGGCUGCUACUGUAGAUCCUGUCAUCGCUCGUUUUCAAUCCCUCCUCCCCAAAUUCGAUGCGAAAACAUUCCCGCCACUCACAGCGCAAAACUUGAAAUACAGGCUUACAACCCCCAAUAAUGGCAAUUAUGCCACAGCAGAGGAUGUCGCGUUCGAGACUCUCUUUCGGGGAUAUAGUGACACCACUCACAACUGGACCAUUGUCCUCUCAUCCAUGAUAGAGACACGCAACAAAUGGGGUGAAGUUUGUAAGAAAACUCAGGGAAUACGUACACUUGACACAGAGGUUGAGCGUAUUGUAGCCAUCGACAAGUUCCUUGAUGCCCAGAUCUCUGUAGGAUGCAGCGAGAUGUACAUCAACUUUGUCAUUCGCGGCAUCGAAACCAUUCGCUAUGUCAAAAUUUGGGACGCUGAACCAAAUGACGACCGACCAGGAGAACGCAAAUGGAAAAUCGACUAUCUAAAGGACACCUUUCGGAGCGAAAAUCCAGUGGUCGUACGCACCCUCAAUGAAGCACUCGAAGCAGGCGACGAACCAGAAAUCAACAGAGCAAAAAAAGCUUACAAGACCAGACUGGACGCUCAUAGGAAGAAGCAUCAGCGAAAGAUGGAGAUGCGCCGCCCACUUGCGAUCCUCUAUGACUAUUUUGGUGCCGCCGUUUUUCUUGAACCGACAUGGGAUGUAGUGGACAAGAGCCAGAAGAGACCGAGGAGCAAGAUGUUCACUUCAUUGCUGACACAUCUUUGCACCCAUCUACCAGAGGAGAAUGGGAUUCCUAUCCCUGCGCGGCGCUACGAGGCAAAUGAGAACGCGCUGAGGGAAAUUUUGACGGUUUUUGCUCCGGAGACUCUAAAUUACGUGCAAGACUUUUUGAACGAAUUUUCUCCAGUACGUCACGCACGCAGGACGAGGACGCUGGGAGCGAUGAAUAGUGUAAAUAGUUCAUGACGUCACGCGUCUUGUCGCAAUGAUAUAAAUACCAUGCCCCUGGUCCCCGUCGGUUCUUCCUUCCAUCCUUCCACCAUGCCCCUCCUCGGAGCCAUCAAGUCUCGGGAAGAGAGGUACGAGGAGGC